CACUUAUGCAGUUCACGGUUAGGAUUUGGAGCACACAAACAACAGACUCUCAUUUCUCUCUUUGGCUUGCCUCCUUCAUUCAGCCUUUCAUUUUGAUACACAAAAAGGAAAAUAUAAACGAUUUUUCUUUCUUUGUGAUUAGUAUUAACUAAUCCUUUGUUCUGUGGGAAAUUUAUUCCAUAAUCAAAGCCGUUACUUUCUCGGGAAAAUUUUACAGCUUUCAAGAGUCUUACUUCGCUGCCUUACUUCUCAUGAUUCCAAAUUGCUUCCUAUAACAACCGGUUAAGUUAGAUAUGAAAUUUGAGUUUACUAUGGGAGGUAGUUUGUGGAAUGAUGAAGAUAAGGCCAUGAUAGCUGCUGUUCUUGGCACAAGAGCUUAUGAUUACUUAAUAUCGAGCUCUAUUUCAAAUGAGAGUCUUCUAAUGGCCAUUGGCAGUGAUGAAAAUCUUCAAAACAAGCUUUCUGAUCUCGUGGAACAACCAAACGCAUCAAAUUUUAGCUGGAACUACGCCAUUUUUUGGCAAAUUUCGCGGUCGAAGUCUGGUGACUGGGUUUUGGGAUGGGGUGAUGGGUCUUGUAGAGAGCCAAAAGAAGGAGAAGAAUCAGAGGUUACGCAACUUCGUAAUAUUAGGCUUGAAGAUGAGACUCAACAGAGGAUGAGAAAAAGGGUUUUGCAAAAGCUGCAUACUUCGUUUGGGGGAACGGAUGAGGAUAACUAUGCAUUAGGACUGGACAGGGUUACUGAUACAGAGAUGUUCUAUUUAGCAUCUAUGUAUUUCUCUUUCCCUCGUGGAGAAGGUGGCCCGGGCAAGUGUUUUGCAUCUGGAAAGCAUGUGUGGUUGUUGGAUGCUCUGAAAUUGGGUUCUGAUUACUGUGUUAGGUCAUUUCUUGCAAGGUCUGCUGGAAUCCAGACCAUUGUUUUGGUUUCAACUGAUAUCGGGGUUGUUGAAUUGGGGUCUGUUAGAUCUGUACCUGAAAGUUUGGAAUUGGUGCAGUCAAUAAGGGCCACGUUCUCUGUGAAUUCUUCUAUGAUAAGGGUUAAGCCAAUUACAGCAUCCUUACCAGUUAUGAGCGAAAAGAAAGCCGAGAAUGGUGGGUUUUCGAAUUUGGGGAUCUUGGAGAGAGUCGAAGGUGUUCAAAAGAUUUUUGGCCAGGAUUUGAACAGUACAGGUCAUGUGAAUGCCCACUUUAGCAGGGAGAAACUUGCUGUUAGAAAGAUGGAAGAGAGGCCAUCAUGGGAAGCUUAUGCCAAUGGAAAUAGGACUGCUUUUCAGAGUGCUCGGAAUGGUGCUCAUGGUUUCGGUUGGGGAAAUGUUCAAGGUGUGAAACAAGGGAGCCCAACUGAAAUUUAUGGUUCUCAAACUGCAGCAAAUAAUUUGCAGAAGCUUGUGAAUAAUGGUGUGAGGGAAGAUUUUCAAAUUAAUCACUUCCCGUCUCAAAAGCCUGUGCAAAUGCAAAUUGAUUUUUCGGGGGCUACUUCUAGAUCUACUGUGAUUGCUAGACCACUAAGUGGGGAAUCUGAGCAUUCAGAUGUUGAAGCCUCCUGUAAGGAUGAGCUGCCUAGUGUAGCUGAAGAGAGAAGGCCUCGGAAAAGGGGAAGAAAACCUGCAAAUGGAAGAGAGGAGCCUCUCAAUCAUGUGGAGGCUGAGAGGCAACGGCGUGAGAAACUGAACCAGCGGUUCUAUGCAUUACGAGCUGUAGUACCUAACAUAUCCAAGAUGGAUAAAGCUUCCUUGUUGGGUGAUGCCAUUGCUUAUAUCGAUGAGCUUCAGGCAAAGUUAAAGGUCAUGGAAGCAGAGAGGGGUAGCACCUCAAGAGAUUCAUCUGCUUUGGAAUCUAACCCAAACACAGAAAGUCUGCAGCAAGCUCCUGAUAUUGAUAUUCAGGCAGCUCAUGAUGAGGUUAUUGUGAGGGUAAGCUGUCCUUUGGAUUCACACCCUGCGUCGAGAGUCAUCCAAGCAUUUAAAGAGGCACAGAUCACCAUUGUUGAGUCAAAACUUGCUGCCACCAAUGACACUGUGUUUCACACAUUUGUAAUCAAAACUCAAGGAUCCGAGCAGCUGACAAAAGAGAAGUUGAUUGCCGCAUUUUCCUGCGAAUCCAACUCAUUACAGUCACUAUCAUCAAAUGGGUAGCAGAGCUAGCUCAAGAUUGGCAUUUAACUUAGUCCAUAGGUGUAAAAUGUAGAGAUGAACCGAUAUGGAGCUUCUUCCUCGGUUUUGUUAUACAGCAAGGGAUCCUGGAAAUGACAGCAGGGCCAGCUAGAAGUAGAAAAUAACUACUUAUUGACCAAAUAGGACAGCAGAUUUUAUGUGAUUGUUUAUAAUAUACAUAUUUUCUGUUACAAGGAAGUUUUUUUGGCAAAAUGAAUUAAAUUUGUAAGUUUAACCAACUCUAUCAUAGUUGGUUAUUAAGAGACUGAUAAUUUUUUAAUGCAUAUUGCUCAUAUAUUUUGUUCUUUGCUAA